CAAAUGCAUGACGGAUCAUGGUCACUGCGUCCGGCCCUACAGGGAUCCUAGCGGGACGCCCUACUGCAUCAACGGCACAGUCACAGCAGCAAAAUGGCACUCACGAUUCACAAAAUAAUCGAACAAUCGAUGAUGAUGAUAGACGUAGACACGAGUCUGAUUUAUAUGUCAGACCGAGUUGGGCUGAUGCAGAAAUUGCAUUGGAUCAAAUCCUUAAGGGGAAGGCUGAGGGUCAAAGGGCAUCCGUUUGGAUACGUGGCAAGCUGCAGGACGAGUUGAAUCAAUUGGGAUAUUUUACUCAGAGGCACUCCGGCAAAGUACUAUUUGUAGCAGUAUUAUUGUUGGCGACAUUUUGCAUUGCACUCAAGUCCAUUCAAGUGCAUAGCAAAGUAGAACAACUUUGGAUUCAAGAUGGAGGGAGACUGCAGAAAGAACUGACAUACGUAUCAGAGGCUCUCGGUGAAUCAGCAAUCUCUAUUCAUCAGCUCAAUCAGCUCGUAAUACAAACGCCGCGGCACUCCGGGGGAAAGAUGUUGCAUUCAGCUGCGCUGAAGGACCACUUAGCAAUGUUGAAGAGUGCAACGCAGGUUACUAUCGAUAUGUAUGAAACCACGUGGGGUCUCAAGGAAUUGUGUCAUGGACCAAGUAUACCGAAUCUUGAUCUUGAAAACAGCAUUAACCAGAUUUUUGAGAAAAUUAUACCCUGUGCCAUUAUUACGCCGCUGGACUGCUUUUGGGAAGGGAGCAAACUCAUGGAUAACACUGUUCAUAUUCCAUACAAUUCGAAGCCACUCGAGUGGACUAGUCUCAACCCAUCCGCUCUCUUGGAGCAGAUGAAGGAGUUUCAUAUCACCUUUCCAUUCAAAACCCUCGAGGACUACAUGAAGCGAGCUGGAAUAACGAAUGGCUAUCAAAGUAAACCCUGCCUUGAUCCGUACGAUCCUGAGUGUCCGAGUACCGCGCCAAACAAGAAUUCACGCCAGCUCCCAGACAUCGGGUAUGAACUGACAGGUGGGUGCUACGGUUACGCCGCAAAUUACAUGCAUUGGCCAGAAGAACUCGUCGUCGGUGGUGGUGAGCACAAUGAAAAUGGUUACUUGAGGCGAGCUGCAGCUCUUCAAUCGGUUGUUCAGUUGAUGGGUGAACAUGAAUUCUACAAUUACUACAGAAAUCAUAUGAAAACAGAGCGGAUCGAAUGGACAGUGGACAAAGCAUCUCUCAUUAUGGAAAGCUGGCAACGUGCAUUCAGUGAUCAAGUGAAACGACAUUUAAAUUCAUCCGGCGCCUCUGCCCUUUACAAUUCGUAUACAUUCAGCACAAUAACGAUGAACGAUAUUUUGGGAAAAUAUAGUCAAUUUUCGAUGACGAAUAUUGCAAUUGGCUGUGGCCUGAUUCUCCUCUACUCAUCAAUUGUUCUCUUGAGAUGGAAGGAUCCAGUUUACUCUCAAGCUGGAAUCGCUAUUGCCGGUGUCCUUCUUGUGUGUGCAACAGUUGCUGCAGGUCUGGGCUUUUGUGCCAUUUUGGGAAUUCCCUUUAACGCCAUUACAACUCAAAUUGUUCCAUUCCUUGCCCUGGGCCUUGGGGUUCACGACAUUUUUCUCCUAACCCACACAUACGCCGAAUUAACACCGAAGGAAGUUCCCAUUAAUCAACAAACAGGUGUGGUACUGAAAAGAACUGGAUUGUCGGUACUUCUGAAGGGAUUGAGCAAUGUCGCUGCAUUUUUCGCAGCCUCGAUCAUACCAAUUCCUGCCUUGAGAACAUUUUCUCUACAAGCUGGCGUUCUUCUUCUAUUCAACUUGGCCGCCAUGCUUCUUGUCUUCCCCGCCAUGAUCAGCAUAGAUUUGAGAAGACGAAGGUACGGAAGAUUUGAUAUAUUUUGCUGUUACGUGCCGACUCACCCGGAUGAUAGGAAUCUACCGAUUCAUCAUCGAUCUUCCGUGGUGAGAUCGAACAAGAAGGACAUUCACACGGACAUUCUUCCAAAAAGAAACGAUAGAAAUGAAUCAUGGGUUGGAGGAAGUACUCUGGAGAAUUGUGAUAAUGAUAAAUACAGUUCUGAAGAAGAUACAUUAACUGGUUGCACUCAAGAUGAAUGUCUAACGUUCUCAUUGACUCAGUUUGCAGCUAAACAUUACGCCCCAUUUGUCACUAAACCGACGACAAAAGUCUUUGGAAUUUUAAUAUUGGCUGUUGUCCUAUCGGGAAGUGUUUGGCAGGCUAUCAAGGUCGAAGAUGGCUUAGACUUGACUGAUCUGGUUCCCCAAGGCUCCGAUGAACACUCAUUUUUAACAGCUCAGACCAAGUACUUUGGAUUUUAUAACAUGUGGGCUAUUACAGGACGAGACUUUGAUUAUCCCAAUAAUCAAAAAUUGUUGCAUGAGUAUCACGAUGCAUUUAUGAGAGUCAACAGAAUAAUAAAGAAUGAUGAUGGCGGUUUGCCGAAAUUUUGGCUGGAGUACUUCAGGGAUUGGUUGAGAAAUUUGCAGAGUGCCUUUGACAAGGAUUACAGAAAUGGAUGUAUUACUCAGGAAAGAUGGUACAAAAAUGCCAGUGAUGAGGGCAUUUUGGCGUACAAAUUACUUGUACAAACUGGACAUGCUGAUAAUCCUGUUGAUAAGACCCUUCUGACACAGGUAAAAUUCGUGGACUCUGAUGGAAUUAUCAAUCCAAGAGCAUUUUAUAAUUACUUGAGUGCUUGGGUGCAUAAUGAUAUUCUGGCUUAUGAGAGCAGUCAAGCUAAUCUUCGGCCUCAACCGAGGAUUUGGAUAUUUGCCAGAGACGAUGAAGAUCUCAAGAUUCCGAAGAGUAUUCCUCUCACUUACGCACAAAUGCCUUUUUAUCUGCAUAAGUUAACGGACACCAAUGCCAUUACUGAAGUCAUCAAGAGUAUCAGGGGUAUUUGCAAGAGAUUUGAAGAAAAGGGACUCCCAAAUUUUCCAUCCGGCAUUCCUUUCAUCUUUUGGGAGUAUAUGGAUUUGAGAAGAUGCUUGGGAAUUGCUCUUAUUUCUGCACUCGGUGUUAGUGUCGUUGUGAUGGCUGUUCUUCUCUUGAAUCUGUGGGCAGCACUCCUCGUUGGAACUUCCCUUGCUGGAGUUGUAUUGCAAUUGGCAGGAAUAAUGAGAUUAAUGGGAAUGAAACUCAAUGCUGUACCUGCAGUUUUACUUGUUAUCAGUGUGGGAAUUGCUGUUCACUUCAGUGUUCACAUUUGUUUGAGUUUUAUAACAAGUGUUGGUAGCAGAGAUCGUCGAGUACGUCUUGCCCUCGAGCACAUGUUCGCCCCAAUAGUUCACAGUGCCUUAACUACAGCCCUAACAGUGAUGAUGCUGGCCUUUUCUGACUUCGAAUUCAUCGUCAGAUACUUUUUCCUGAUUCUGAUUUGUUUGAUUGGAAUUGGAACCGCCAAUGGACUAUUCUUUUUUCCCAUUCUAUUGUCAUUGGUGGGACCAUCGCCGGAAGUAAUUCCUAAUGAGCAUCCUGAUCGAAUUUCGACACCCACCCCACCGGCCUCGCCUGUUGUCAGACGAUCAAAGCCUCCUGCACCACCCAGAAGACCUCAUAAAAUAGAUAGUUCAAGAAUUCAAUCAAAACCUUCUUUAACUACAAUUUCUGAGGAACCAAAUUCACUCAACAGUACGCAGGAUUCGUGUAGUGGUCAGCCCGAGGUGAAGGUUGAAGCUACCACGACACGUGGAAAUCAGAACUGUGGCGGUUCUGAUACGAGCAGUUCUAGUCGAACAUCACCAGUGCCGUCCACAUCACAUCAUCGGUCGCAUCACACAUGGAGUGUUCAUUUCGAUAGUGACAGAGUCACAUUGGACAGUGAUCUUGUCACUGUGCAAGUUCACACCGCACCCACAAGUGGAAUGGAUCGUGGUGAAAAAUGCCGACAUUCGUCCUCAAGUAGCAGACGCUCAUCACGGUGUAGUGCAAACAUUAAUACGUCAGAGUCAUCGAGUUCGAGCUCUGAGCCGGAUACUGACAAUGUCAAUGCCAAACACUGACAAUAAUGUAUACCGGGGCGACCGGCAGCUACUGCUCAAGUACCACGCGAAGCGGGAAAAUACAGAAGGCUGACUAGGUUAAUUUUCAAAUGUAAUUUCUCUACUUCUCUUUUUUUUUACCCUCCAAAAAUUUGACAGGCUAAUGUGAGCGGUUCUUUUGAUCGUUCACUUUACUUGGGUAAUUGAAAAUUUGUAUUAUAUUAUUCGUUGUAUUAUUGGAGAAUAAUUAUGACGGUGGAAAAACAUUUGAUAUGAAAUGUCAUAUUUUUUAAGAAACUACAGUGCAAGUAUUUUUGGGGAUUUUUUUCCCUGGUAUUUCACAAAUGACUGUAAAAUUAUCUUCUUUUGUACUUAGACAACGAAAUGUAUUUUAUGCAUUCUAUGACGCACAUUUGGUGACAAUUAUCAAAAGUGCACGUGAAAAUAUGUAAAUGGACUUUUUUUAUAUUGACUCGAAAUAAUCAGAGACAUUUGAUUAGGUAAAGAGCAUCAAAUGUAUACGGGAAUUAAUGUAUUGAUUAAAAUGUUUUGUAUUGUGUCUCUUAAUGAAUUUUAUAAGACGAAUGAUUGUAUAUAGUAUUGUUUUAAUUGUUAAGAUGAGCGGGAAAUAUGAACAAAAAAAAUUGAGUUCAUUAAAAAAGACUAGUUAAAUUCGUUACCAAGUGAAUUAUUGGCUUUUUUGUGAAUUGCGAAGCCUUUGAAAUGGUUCAUUAGUCACGUGAGAAGAAAUUUGUUUUACACUUUUUAAAAGAAUGCCCUGGACAUAUCGAAAUUUUUUUCAUUCUCCUGUGAAGAAUUACUUUUCAAAAAACUUAAUGGAUUAUUUUCAAUUCAACAGCAAGAAAAAAAAAUCUGAUUAUUCAUAAUCAAGUUUUGAUUCAUUAGUUUUCGAUAUGAAAAUGUCAAUUUUAUGAAGAGUGUGUGCUGUGUGUGUGAUUGAUUGUGCGAUUACGGGAAUCUCAAAUUUUAUUUAUUAUUUAUUUAAGUUACUAAUUACUUCCCUUUGCCCCUCCAAAACUGUUAUUCCGUAUUUAAAACGUUGAAUGAGUAAAGGUUUUGUACAAUCAUUUUCCAUAUGGUGGCUUGUAAAAUAAUGCUAAAAAAUACUCAAUUUAUUUAUGUCGUAUUUUUCUAUUGUGAAAGAAUUAAAAUUGCUUAAUUUAAUCAAUUAAGCUAUACACUAUUUUAUUAUUCUAAUUAAUAAGCUGGAAAUUUUACCUCUACUGUAAAAAGCUGUAAUAUAUUGUGUAAGGUUUUAUGGCGUUAGGAGGAAAUGAUUACUUUGUAAUGAAUAUUUUGAUACUGAAAAUAAAUAAUGUACAAUGUUGCAGAAAA